AUCGGCAUCAUCGCAACUUCGACAUCCGUUGCGGCCCUGCGAGUAGCACUUCACCCUUCUUCUCCAGGCAAUGAGCCUCCCUACAUCUCGUGCAAUUAUCCUCCACCCACUGGUUGCCCCUGUGGGUGGCGCUCUGUCGCCCGAAGCAUGCGCCGUGGCCGAGUGGCUACGCUCGUUGAGCCCUUGUGACGUCCCCAUAGCCGAGCCUAGACGCCCGUUGAGCCUCUUGGACUUCACAUGCGACGAGAACGUCCACGUGGUGCUGAGCUUCCUAGAUGGCCCGUCGCUCUGCUCAGCACGCAGUGUGUGCCGCUCUUGGCACCGCCUGAGCAACGAUGACGCACUGUGGCUUAAUCUGUGCCUCCAGGAGUUCCACGUGUCGCCCCAACAGCUUGCCACGCAGCCCGAGAGCUACCAGCAACUCUAUCAGUUCGCGUGUCGCUCACUCAAGACGCUGCUUCGCGACUACUUACACGAACAGUGUCUCUCCAACCUACAAAAGUCGCUGCGGAUCCCGCGAGCCGCCGCCAUGACGCUCAUCGCGUCGCGCUCGUCCAUGUGACGUGACUUUCACGUCGACUGAGAGGCAUUGCACAUUGUCUCGAGCAAACAUAAUUACAACUACAUGCAAAGAAGAGGGAUACAAUACAAGAAAACCAAUGAGAUGGGUCGACAUGAAUUGGCUCUUGACUUGUUUCGAUGCAUUUUCAAAGCUUGUCUAUUCAUCUUCAUCAGAUGAGCUGACAACGAAAGAGUCCAAAGCUCGCGUCAGUAUUAGAUGGCGAGCGACAGCACGGAACUCAGUCUCUUGGUCAGAUGACAACUCAAUGCGUGCUCGCCGGGUACUUGUCCUGGUCGAGUCGGAAGAUUGAGCCGAUGCCCGAAGAGGGAGUGAUUGCUUGGCGACAUUGUAAUGUUGAUCGUGCGUGGAAGGCUGUUGUGAUGAAACGGAG